AUGAGUACAAUAACAAACUUGACAAAUCGAUUUGAAGUAACAAAUGAAGCUAUAAAUAACAUGACAACGUGGACGGAAAUUAUUAUUCCAGCAUCACCAAGUUUUGAUAAUGACACGGAUGAAGACGAAAGUCAAGUAAUGUUGAACAGGACGAGUUUUAUUGCGCGACUCAACGAUUUUCGAACUCAAGUCACAUCAGAGCAAAAUCGCGAAAAUAAUAUAUCUCAUGCGAUUCUGUGGUAUAUGGCUGUAAACAAUGCAAUGCUAGAUCAUCUGACAAAGCAGAUAAAGGAAAGUGACAAGUCUGGAAUAUGGCGAUACCUAAUCGGAUUUAAAAAUCUGAUACGAAGCAUCGAAAAUAUUGGAAUAUCAGCAGUGUAUGGAAUUAAUUUUUUUAGUCGUGGACAGCUUGUAGGUGAAAAUUAUGUCAAUUACAUCAAGUAUGAUGCUCUUGGAAAAGAUUUGUUGAAUUCAUCAUUGAAUUAUGUUCCGUACUUAAAAAGUCAGUACAAAAAUUUGACCAAUUUCAAAGAAUAUGGAAGCAUCAAAAAUAUGAGCAAGAGAAUAACCCACAACAAUAAAAUUUCACCAGAUAACAAUGCAGCUGUGAAUUAUUAUCGUUCAAUGACUGAAUAUAUUGAACAGCUAAGGACUCUUCAUUCAAGCUUAAGACGGAAAAUAAAGGAUGAGGUAAAGCAAUUAUUGAAAGAAGCAAGCGAUGAUGAAGCUAUUGGCAUUGCAAUUCUAGUGACUGUUAUAAUAGUUUCUCCCAUAAUUAUCAUUCUUGUGAGGAAUGCAGUUGCGACUAUUCAGCUGUACUCAAUAAAUCUAGCUGAAAAGGCAAAAGAGCUAAGGCUGGAGCAGAAGAAGAGUGAUGCGAUUUUGUUUCAAAUGCUACCGACAAGUGUAGCUAUCAAACUCAAACAGACACGACAGGUCCCAGCAGAAUAUUUCGAUUCUGUUACUAUAUAUUUUUCUGAUAUUGUGGGAUUUACGGAAAUAGCAAGCAUUUGUUCACCACUUGAAGUAUGUUCUUUCCUUAAUUCAAUUUAUAAAGUCUUCGACGAGAGAAUUGCCAACUAUCAAGUAUAUAAAGUCGAGACCAUUGGUGAUGCAUAUAUGGUUGCUAGUGGUUUGCCGGAAAGAUGCGUCGAUAACAAACAUGUCAGUGAGAUUGCAACAAUGGCAUUAGAUCUGCUGCAUGCGUCAACUUACUUUAAAAUACCUCAUUCAACACAUGAAAAAUUGGAAAUUCGUAUUGGAAUUCACACAGGUCCAUGUGGUGCUGGAAUUGUUGGUACCAAAAUGCCUAGAUACUGUUUAUUUGGUGACACUGUGAAUGUGGCAUCAAGAAUGGAGUCGACUGGGGAAGCAUCAAAAAUUCACAUCACAUCAGAAGUGAAUGAUGAAUUGGCCAUAAUUGGCGGCUUCAAAACGGAAUUACGUGGUCUAAUCGAUGUUAAAGGAAAAGGACUAAUGAAAACUUAUUGGCUAACGUGCCGAGAUGCUCCAAUUAUAAACUACAAGGAAGAAAUUGCAUGGUUUGCAGAUAUGCAGCCAGUGUUUUUAAAUAAAAUUUAAUUUAAAUUCAUGAACAUGUGCAGUAGAAAAACCACCCAGUCAGGCUUAUGAAUAUAGAAAAAGAAAUUCAGGAACAUUCAUAAAGUUUCCAAUUUUAUAUUUUUAGAUGAAUUCAUCGAUAUCAUUAAAUGGAACGUGUCCUUAUAACAACUUGUUCGUUCUUCGUGCACAAAACUUAAUUUGGUCCAUGUUGAAAACUUUCAGUGCUUAAUGUUACUCUUCCUUUAUACUCAAAUCCCAUAAUUUUAAGGAAAUUUUUUGCGUUACGUACAUAGUCAUCAUGUCAGAUUUUUAUUUCUCGUCUUGCAUAUAACGUGACUUUAUUUUUUUUCGUUCAUCGUAGCAUUUUCUUUGAAAAGGCUUCUGGAUUUCCUUAAACGGGAAGUAAUCUUGGAAAAUUUAUUGCAUUCGAGUUUCUUUCUUGCCUUUAUACGAUCAGAGUUGGUGAUCUGAGUUCUGAUUUUUUGUUCAUUCCGAUUAUGACCUGAAGCAUUGGAGUCUUAAGGAAAUAGAUUGACGAUGGUAUUUGUCAAGUUUUGGGUAUGCGUUAUUGUAAGCUUACGCUAUGCUGGAUUAUUUGCAUUUAUGCUAAUUACGAAAGACACGUUAUUACAAAUAAAUCGGUAGAUAAGGAAUGUUAAAAUUUUACUUGAUUCCCAUCCCUG